AAAAACACACUCUUUCUCCUCCAGUUUCUGCAACUGAUUCGGUCGAAUCAAAAAAACAUUUUGAGCGAUGUUAAGAGUUUCAUCGAUUCACCUUUCCCCCUUCGUUUACCUUUUACCCAAGCCUAUUUCUACCCUUCUUCCUGCUCUCAUUCUUCCAUCCUCGCCGCUGCCGAUUUCUCACCGGAGAACCCCGCACUCUUCGCCCAUUGAUCACCACAAUUCUAUUCACUAUUUUACCUCUAAGCUCCUUCCAUUUCCGGGAAUGUCCGCUCCUAUCACCAAUCUCAACGCAACAGCUUCAUUCAGCACCUCGAGCAGCUCUGAGGCUGGAAGAGAGAUUUUAGUUCAGCAUUUGCUUGUCAAAGAAGAUGACCAGAAGCUUUUGCUUGAGCUGCAGAAAAGAGCUGCUGAGGGAGAGGACUUGAGUGAUUUGGCUGUAGAACACUCGAUAUGCCCAUCGAAAGAGGAAGGAGGUAUGCUCGGUUGGGUGACAAAGGGGCAGAUGGUUCCAGAGUUUGAGGAGGCUGCAUUCAAUGCUCCUUUGAAUAAAAUUGUGAGGUGCAGAACUAAAUUCGGUUGGCAUUUAUUGCAAGUAUUGUCUGAAAGAGAGGAAUCAGUGCUUGAAGACAUUCAGCCUAGUGAACUCCACAAGAAAAUGCAAGAUCCAUCUUUUCUUGAAGAGGCACAGCUGAUUGACGUCAGAGAACCAGAUGAAGUGGCGAUAGCCUCAUUGCCGGGUUUCAAAGUUCUUCCACUUCGCCAGUUUGGAAAUUGGGGACCAGAAGUUGCAACAAAGUUUGACCCAGAAAAGGAUACCUAUGUUAUGUGCCAUCAUGGUGUGCGGUCAAUGCAAGUUGCUCAAUGGUUGCAGACACAGGGUUUCAAGAGAGUAUUCAAUGUGACCGGAGGCAUUCACAGAUAUGCUGUGAAAGUGGACUCAUCCAUUCCCACCUACUGACCACUCACUUCGCUUCAUUAUUGAUUUAUUUCAUAGGCUGUCAACUACUGAGAAAUAUAACAGUGAAGCUUAGAUUUUGAUUGUGGCUAAAAUAUUUAUUCGUAUGUGGCAUUGUUCGUUCGUUCA